CCGAGCAACCCGAAACCGACAGUGUCCCGCAGAAACCUUAUCAGUGAAGUACCAUGAUGACCGCAACAAGAACUGUUCUGCUGACCCUGGCGCUAUCAGCCUUCGUCGGUGCGUCCAGAAUUACAUCACUUUCUUCGUAUGUUUCGAUUGCAAAGCAGAACCCCACGGAAGACGAGUCUCCGGCCGACAACGGUGAAUGGGAAACGGAUAAACCGGGAAGCGGUACGGAAUGGGAUCCCAGGUGUCCUUCUGUGGGAAGCGGAGCGAUAUGCAUGGAUUGCAACAAGAUUUCGGUAUGCUUGCGAGGGAAGGUGCUCCCGGCUAGAGACUGUCCACGGGAUGCUCCCUAUUGUGUGAACUCCGAUGGUUUCGGUGGACACUGCUCAGCAAAGCCGGACGAGGAUCGAGAGGACUGCCGCAGUGACUUCCAGUGUUCAUCGGAGGGAUACUUUCCGGAUCCAAACAACUGCCACUACUACUACUUGUGCGACUUGGAUCUGAAAGCUUUCAAAUACGAUUGCAUGCCGGGGUACGUGUACGACAUGGUCAGCCGAAGCUGCAAGAGACAGAUCUUCUCGCAAGAGUGUAAGAAACUGGAUUGCUCCAAAAGCAAUGGGGUGUGGGUGUAUUACGACAACAACAAGCAGUAUUACGGUUACUGCUAUCAGACGGAAGCUGGAGUGGAAGAAGUGGCACUGUUCAAAUGCAGUGAUGGAUCCGAGUUCGACGGGCAAAAGUGUCAGUUCAAAUGUAGGUCGGAAGGCAAAUUCGCCGAUAGUCAGGAUCGUUCGAGGUACUUCGAGUGCUACUACGUUGGAUUUGUGCUGCAGUCGCGGACGAAGGUUUGUGCCAAGGGAAUGGUGUUCGACGGGAGUGCUCAAAUCUGCAAACCGAGUCAAGGAAUUCAGCAUAAAUGAAUCUUACUGCAGUUAUAGUUGUAAUUAAAGGCAUUUAUUCACGUUUGUGGGUCAAUGGUUUUUGUUUAAUCACUACGCUUUGUUUGGUGGAAGGCUAAGUGAGAGCUCUAGUUCUAAGUUUGUGUCAUGAAAUUUUUCAGAAAAUAAAUAUUUGAUGAAUAUCUUACCUACAACAGCUACUUAAAGUAA